AUGUCGACUUCUGUGUCACUAGAAAAAGUAACUAGCAAGGAGGCGGCUUUGACAAUUCCAGACCACGAACAGCACAAGUGUUCAACAUCUAUUAUAAACAAUGGAGAAAGUAGAAAGUUACCUUGCUCAACAUCUUCAGAAUUAAAAAAUGGUGAAAUUUCAGAAUCACGUGCCAAUAUGCAAGAAAAAAUUCUGUUUCCUUUACCUUUGCAAACAGAAAAGCCGACAAAAACAUUGGAAUGCGACGAAAAGACGCCAGAUGCACAUGUUCACAGAGAUAGUAGGUUGAUUCGGCUCACUGGUAUUCAUCCAUUUAACUGUGAGCCACCACUGAGUAUUCUGUAUGACAGUGGAUUUCUCACUCCUACCGAAUUAUGGUUUGUGCGAAAUCAUGGAGCUGUGCCAGAAGUACAUGAUUCCGAGAUUUUCAAUUGGAAAUUUAGUGUCGAAGGAAUGGUUGAAACACCGUUGACACUAACACUAGCCGAACUGUUGACAUACUCUCAAGUGACACUUCCCAUCACAUUGGUAUGUGCAGGUAAUCGACGAAAAGAACAAAAUGUUGUACGAAAAGGAAACGGAUUUAAUUGGGGAAGCGCAGGCCUAAGUACUGCUUUAUUUACUGGAGUUUUAAUGAAUGAAGUACUCAAGAUAGCUAAACCGAAGCAUGGAGCACAAUACAUGUGUAUGGAAGGUGCUGACAAACUUCCAAACGGUUACUAUGGAACUAGUAUUCGAUUAUCUAUUGCCAUGAAUCCUGCUAUGGGAGUUAUGCUUGCGUAUAAAAUGAACGGUGAACUAUUGGCUCCUGAUCAUGGUCGUCCACUACGUGUUGUCAUUCCAGGACAAAUAGGUGGACGAAGUGUAAAGUGGUUGAAACGAAUCAUGAUUACCGACAAGCCAAGUGACAAUUGGUAUCAUAUUUUCGAUAAUCGAGUGCUGCCGACCAUGAUUACACCAGAAAUCGCUGCUGAACAGAAACGUUGGUACAAUGACGAACGAUAUGCUUUAUACAAUUUGAAUGUACAAAGUGCCAUAUGUUAUCCAGCUCAUGAAGAAAUUGUAAAGGUAGAGGAAGGCAAGUCUUACCGUGUGCAAGGAUAUGCAUAUAAUGGUGGUGGAGUACGCAUCGGAAGAGUCGAAGUAUCAUUAGAUCAAGGUCACACAUGGAAACUGGCAAUCAUUGAAUACCCGGAAGAUCACUAUAGAAAUGCCGUACAUUAUCCUCAACUAUACGGUGGGACACUAGACAUGGCCGUUCGAGAACAUUCUUUCUGUUGGUGUUUUUGGACAAUCGAAAUUCCUACUAUGGAAUUGUUUGCAGCAAAAGACAUCGUCGUUCGAGCCAUGGAUGAAAGCAUGAAUGUGCAGCCUCGUGAUAUGUAUUGGAAUGUUCUAAGUAUGCUCAAUAAUUGCUGGCACAGAUUGACGAUUAUUAAAGAACAAGAUGGACAUAGCUUGAAAUUCGAUCAUCCAACUGUACCUGCUUUGACUAAAGGCGGUUGGAUGGAACGAGUCAAGGAACAAGGUGGUGAACUGACUGAUGGAUUUUGGGGUACUCGCUCAUUAGUGGCAGCUUCCCCAGAAGAAAAGUCAUCGUUGGCUGUCAAGAUGAUUGAUGAUCAUGUUACUCGUAUUAUUACUGAGGAAGAAUUAUCAGAACACAAUAAAGAUGGUGAUGCAUGGUUUGCUGUCAAUGGACAUGUUUAUGAUGCUACCGAAUAUUUGAAAGACCAUCCUGGUGGCUCUGAGUCGAUCAUUUUGGCUAGUGGAGCAGAUGCUUCUGAUGAUUUUAUGGCCAUUCAUAGUGAUAUUGCAAAAGCCAUGCUAGUCAAGUAUCAUAUUGGCAUUCUUAACACGAAUCCAUCAAAGAAGAUUAUGCUCGACGAAGCAAGUACAAAUCCACAACGAGACAUUUUUCUAGAUCAAAAGCGUUGGAGCAAAAUUACUUUAAAGACAAAAACUGUGCUCAACCAUGAUAGUGUACGACUCACAUUUGCAUUGAAUCACUGUCAACAAAAAUUAGGAGUGCCAACAGGAAAGUAUCUCUACCUUCGAUGCAUCUCUUCGUCAGGUGAGAAAGUGGUACGAGCGUAUACUCCUAUAUCUGAAGCAGACCAGAUGGGAGAAUUCGAUUUGGUUGUGAAAUUAUAUAGAAGUUGUGGAGAACAGCCUGCUGGAAAGAUGUCUGCCUGUAUUGAUCUGCUUAAUCCUGGCGAUACAAUUGAAUGCAAGGGCCCAUUUGGAGACUUUGAAUGUCAAGCGGGAGGACUAUUUGCAACUAAAAAUGUGAUUCGUCGAGUCAACAAGUUCACGAUGAUCGCUGGUGGGAGUGGAAUCACGGCAAUUUACCCUAUUUUGCGAUUUGCGCAGAGAGAAAGCAUCAAAUGUCAUGUGAUAGAUUGUAACAACACAGAAGAAGAUAUUCUUUUGCGUCAGGAGAUCGAUGGUUUCAAUGGGCUGCAUCAUUGUCUGUUACGUCCAAGCGAUGGAUGGACAGGACAUUCUGGGUACAUUUCUCAAGCUCUGGUCGGGAAUGCACAUGAUGGUUACUUGCUAUGUUGUGGUCCAACUGGAAUGAUGAAUAGCGUUCGCAAAAUUGCAGAAAUAGGUGGUUGGGACAUGGAGAAACAAGUCAUUUUUUUAUAA